CCGUUCAGCAGAUCAUCAAAAAAUUUAGUCUUUAUUACCUCGUACUUCGUUUGUCUGCAGAACUACUAUAUGGCACCCUGCAACAUGUCCAAGUCCAGCAACAACCUUCAAAGAACGGUGUCGGACAUAUCCUACGAGAUCUGCAAGGAAGAAAUCCAAGAUCAGAAGGCACUGCCACCAAUAUCAGAGGUUGAAGACGCCAAGUGUGAGUGCUGUGGGAUGAGCGAGGAGUUCACGACGGAGUACAUAGAGCGCGUGAGGGACAAGUACUUGGGGAAGUGGGUGUGUGGGCUGUGUGCUGAGGCAGUGAAGGAAGAGCUGGAGAAGAAUGGAGGGAGGAAAGAGGAAGCCCUAAACGCACACAUAAGCGCGUGUGUUAAGUUCAACAAGUAUGGACGGGCUUUUCCUGUUCUGGUUCAAGCUCAAGCCAUGAAGGAGAUGCUGAAGAAGAGCAAUAAGCUUGAUGGAAGAAGAGUCAGGUCCUUUAACCCCAGAGACAGCAAUAAUGAUAACAAGAAAGGAAGCCUUGCAAGGAGUUCAAGUUGCAUCCCUCAGCUUAAUUUCUCUUGA